AUGAACCAGAGGGCGAUCAGCGACAGUAUCUUGCAGCUCCAGGCAAAAGGAGAUGUCUUCAUGAGACAGGUCAUCAUCGAACAGAGGAGGGUGGACGAUAUUGACGGGGCGUUGCGACAAGCGAGGAACGAGAUAGAUGCGUUUCGACUCCGAACAAAGACGGGAGCAAUCGAUGUUCUCAACCUUCACAGGACGACCCCAAACCCAGCACACCAGCGAGCCGACGGACUCGACCCAACGAAGCAGGCGGAUCAAAACCAGAAAAAGCUUGUGUCAAACCUCGAGGCACGGCUCAACAAGCUGCUGAUGCGGCAUAGCGAAAUCAUGAACGGGAACGCCCGUUUGAAGGAGGAAAUCAACCACCUCCGCAAGGAGCGCACCACCGCCAACGAGGUCCACGCCCAGUUCGAGGCCAGCAUCCAUCAAAUACGGGGGGAGAUCUCGAGCCUCAUGGCGCAAGCGUCCGCUAUCAAUGACCAUCGGGAGGAGCUCAUCAAGACCAAAGAGGACAUCUUAGCCCAGAAUCGAGAGGCGAAGAAGCGAUUCGACACGAGAAUGGACGAGCUGUCCGAAUUCGUGGAGCUACAGAACGAGCGGUUUGAGGAGAGCGUGGAAAGGGCGGCGAGGGAGGGCAAAGACAUGAACAACACUCUGUCGAUUGUGGAGAAGGCCGGAAACCUCACCAUUGCCGAGGAGGAAGUGCUGCGGUCCAGGGUGGAGGACAUGGAGGAAGCUCUUGAGAAAGAACAAGCCAAUGAUAGAGCCAUCGAGGAUAAGAUUAAGUGGUACGAAGAGGCGUUCGAAGAGCUCAAGACGGUGUCCAACAUCGACGACCUGGACCGGCUGGUGGCGGUGUUUAUCAAGCAGGAGGACGAGCAUUUCUCGCUGUUCAACUACAUCCAGACCGUCAACCAGGAGACGGACCAGCACCUAGAGAAGACCGAAGAGUUGGAGGCGGAGAUCGCCAAGUACGAGGAGGAGCAAGGGGUGGAAGAGCGGCAGCGCGUGGCGAUUAUUCGAGACCUGCACGAGAGGGCGGAGGCUCAGCGAGCGGCAAACGAGGCUUGGGCGGAGAAGGUCGAGGGGAGCCAAUCCGUGGCCGACGGACUUGCCAAAAAGGCUCAGUCAAUCUGCUUCAAGAUCCAGUGCGACCAGUACCUGCAGACGAAGGCCAAGGACGCCACGGGGGAGCGCGCGGCCGGCCUGCAGGCCCUGGCGAGUACCCUGACCGGACAGGGCAUCACGGUGUCCAACAUUGUUGACUACAUGAGCCUCAUCGAGCAGCGUUCUAUGCAGGUGAUUUCGAACUACACGAAGAAGCUCGCCGCCACAGACCCAGAGGCGAACCCCAUCCGCGGACCCCCUCAGCCGCCGUCGUGGGAGCUCCCGGAGGGCUCGGACUUCCCGGACGUAUCCGAUGACGAUGAGUCGGAGGGGGAGGAGGCCAACACGUACAGCAACGGAGACCGGCCGGUGUUGCUGUCAGAAACGAGAAAAGAAAUGGAGAGCAGGAUGGAGAAGAAGGUUGCCGCGAUGAGACGAAAGGCCGAGAUCUUGCGAAGAGUACCUCAGCGGGGUGGAGGUGGCGGAAGUGGCGGAGGUGGAGGAGGUGGUGGAGGGCGUGGAAUCAGCCGAGGAGCUAACCCGCUAGACUAG